AAUAGUGAAAACAUGGCAACAAAUCGUUAUACCUAUGCAGCAUCAACUUCAUCAGCAAUUCCACAUUCAAGGAUAUUCAAACGAAAUACGUCACUUUUACCAAUUCUUCUACAAUCAAGUCCUUGUAUAGGACAUCAAAAACGAGAUAUUCAUCCAAAAAAACCUACACAUGAUUUAGAAGAAAAGCAGGAAGAAAAUAAUGAUGAUGACGAUAAUUAUUAUUAUUUACUUGGUUAUAAAAAUUUAAUUAAUAAUUUACCAAAACCAGUUAUAUCUAUUCAGCCACGUUAUGGACAAGAUGAUUAUGGAAUUUUAUUUGAACAAUUAGCUCAUAUUCGAGAAAGAAUGCCUGAUUCAAAUAUUUAUGAUGGAUAUACGAGAAUUGUUUAA